AUGCCAUCGGCACUACCAACCUCGACUUCUGGAGUCACCAAGUUCACAAACUGUCGUUUGUUAAAGGGAGAAUCCUUAGUUACUCAAGAUCUUUGGGUAUCAUCUUCCACCGGCAAGAUUAUCCAAAGCCAGGAGGCUUUUUACUCACACUUAUGUGUACCUGACGAGAUUAUCGAUCUUGGUGGUCGUAUUAUUUCUCCAGGUUUCAUCGAUACACAAUUGAAUGGAGCUUUUGGAUUUGACUUUGCUUCUAUACCAGAAGGUGACGAUCCUAAUGCUUAUGGCAAGGAAUUGCGUCGAAUCAAUCAAUUAUUGAUCAAGACGGGUGUUACUUCUCAUUUACCUACUAUCACAUCAUCACGCCCGGAAGUCUAUCAUCAUGCACUUCCAUUUUUGGGUCCCUCUGGAGCAAAUCGUCUUGCAUCAGAUGGUACCGAAUCUCUCGGCGCUCAUGUCGAAGGACCAUUCCUUUCCCCUACCAAAAAUGGAAUCCAUCCUCUUCCCGUCUUACUCGCCCCUAAAUCCAACGACCUCACCACUCUCUCCGAAUGUUAUGGCACUUCCAAUCUUCUAGGAAACAUCCGCCUUAUAACCGCCGCUCCUGAACUUCCACACAUGACCUCUCUAAUCCCAACCCUCACCUCUCCACCCCACAACAUCAUCUUCAGUAUCGGCCACACAGAAGCCACAUACGAAGAUGCCACGGCGGCCAUAUCCGCCGGCGCAACAAUGAUAACCCACCUCUUCAACGCCAUGCGUCCCCUCCACCACCGCAACCCAGGAAUCUUCGGACUCCUCGGCACCACCCCCACAACCAGCACUUCUCCCUCCACAACCCCCCCUUCCACCCCCAUCACAACUCAAAACAUAAUCCCCCCUCUCAAACCCAUCACCCAACGCCCCUACUUCGGCAUCAUAGCCGACUCCAUCCAUCUCCACCCCACCACCAUAACCCUAGCCUACAACGCACACCCCUCAGGUCUAAUCCUCGUAACCGACGCCAUGCACUUGGUUGGACUCCCCGACGGCCGCUACGCCUGGAACGGUGAAUAUAUCCUCAAAGACGGCAUCCACCUGCGUCUCGAAUCGACCAACAAAAUCGCAGGCUCGAGCAUCACACUUGUAGAAUGCUUGAGUAAUUUUCUAAAUUGGACAAAUUGUAGUGUAGCGCAGGCUUUGAAAGCGGUUACUGAGACCCCAGCGAGGAUGUUGGGGGUUUUUGAUAGGAAGGGGGCGUUGGAGGGGGGCAUGGAUGCGGAUUUGUGUGUGUUGGAUGUGCUUGUGGAGAGUGAGGGGAGGAAGAGGGUGGUUGUGGAUCAGGUUUGGAAAUUUGGGGUUAGGGUUUUUGAGAGGGAGGGGGAGGGGGAGAGGGAGAGGAAGAUUGUUGGGUAG